UGCCUCACCCCGCGGCGCAACCGGACGAGGACCCCGAGCAGGGCUGCCCAGCGAGCGCCUGAAGGACCCGCGAGGGCCGCAGGCUAUCCAGCGUGGCGCCUGGUGGCCGGGGCUUGUGCCGGAGGACCAGGUGAACCCGGAGUCGGACUUCCGCUGCACUGGGGCUCCGAAUGACCCAGAAUCUGGAGUGGGCUUAGGCCCCGGGAGUGACAUGGCCUCAAUCUUGCGAAGCCCUCAGGCUCUCCAGCUCACUCUAGCCCUGAUCAAGCCUGACGCAGUCGCCCAUCCGCUGAUUCUGGAGGCUGUUCAUCAGCAGAUUCUAAGCAACAAGUUCCUGAUUGUACGAAUGAGAGAACUACUGUGGAGAAAGGAAGAUUGCCAGAGGUUUUACCGAGAGCAUGAAGGGCGUUUUUUCUAUCAGCGGCUGGUGGAGUUCAUGGCCAGCGGGCCAAUCCGAGCCUACAUCCUCGCCCACAAGGAUGCCAUCCAGCUUUGGAGGACACUCAUGGGACCCACCAGAGUCUUCCGAGCACGCCAUGUGGCCCCAGAUUCCAUCCGUGGGAGUUUCGGCCUCACCGACACCCGCAACACCACCCAUGGUUCAGGGCUACAUUAUGAGACAUACCAGAGCAAUCAAGUGCUUACAGGAAGAUCAUUGUGGACAUGAUAGCUACAAAUGCAGACACAGAUGGAUGUGCCUUAUUGAUGACUAUGUGUGUUCUAGUGGUGACAGACCUAAGUGUGCUAUGCAAGCGGUUACUCAAACACCACAACCAGCACUGCCAUGAGUGAUGUAUUUUUUUUUCAUAUUGGUGAACACCUCUUGGUAAAACUCAAAACUAUUUUCUCUUGAUUUACAAUCUACCAUGCAAAAAUUAUAUUAUCUAAAAUAGAUUUAUAUUCUAGAUUCAGAAUAUUACAAACAGAUCCAUGGGCUACAGGGGAAAAUAAAGGAGAGAGAGAAGAAAUUGAUAUAAAUUAAGAGAAUUUUUUAGAAGAUGGAAUGUGUGGAUCUCAUCUGAAUCCCGAUUCAAAUUUGCAAAAAAACUUUUGAGAUGAUCAGGUAAAUUUGAACAUGGACUAGGUGUUGGAUGAUACUGAAGCACUACUGAUAACUUUGUGAGUUCUGAUCAUGAUACUGUGGUUAUAUAAGAAAAUGUGAAGCCGGGCGCAGUGGCUCAUGCCUGUAAUCCCAGCACUUUGGGAGGCCGAGGCGGGCGGAUCACCUGAGGUCAGGAGUUCGAGACAAGCCUGGCUAACAUGGUGAAACCUCGUUUCUACUAAAAAUACAAAAAAUUAGCCGGCUGUGGUGGUGCACACCUGUAAUCCCAGCUACUCGGGAGGCUGAGGCAGGAGAAUCGCUUGAACCCGGAAGGUAAAAGUUGCAGUGAGCCAAGAUCGCACCACUGCACUCCAGCUUGGGCAACAAGAGUGAAAUUCCAUCUCAAAAAAAAUAAAAUGUCCUUAUUUAUUGGAGUUGCACUGUGAUAUAACAGGAGUGGUAUGUCAUGAUAUUUGAGAUUUGCUUUAAAUAAUUCAGCAAUAAGAGAAAAAAAGUGAUGUAGAGACAAAGGGAAAGAUGGAUCAAGGACGAAAACAGUUUAACACCUGAAAUGGAUCCAGUGAGAUCCAAAGUUUCAGGGUCAAGAUUAAUUUGAAUCAGAUUAUUUUAAGGCAAUUUUAACAUAUUCUUCAGAAUCAACAAAAUGUAUGAGCAUAAAGAUAGAGAGUAACAAGACCGGAUGAAACAAGACCAAAUCAGAUUGGCCAAUUGAAAGCUAACUUAAAUGGAUGAAUCUACACUGAAAUAGAAAUAGGCAACUAGGAUUGAAAUGAGGCCAAUUCAAAUUAGAUUAAAGCAGUGCAAAAUAGGUCUAAGCAGAUGCAAAGAGAACAAAUCAGAACUAUUUAAUUCAUAGCUUUGCCAGAUGAAGACAAACCUUGAGAAAGAUGCUGAGAGAAAUGUGAGGAACUUUGAAAAUCUGACUCUCAUCAAGAACUCAGGAAUAUCCAGAAUAAUUUUGUAUUUGCUAACCUAGUAAUCAGUUUUAGUUUUUAAAUAAGUGGAUAAAAACAUGAUGUAUGAUAUCCAGUGUUGCGGGAAGUCAGGGACCCCAAACGGAGGGACCGGCUGAAGCCAUGGCAGAAGAACGUGGAUUGUGAAGAUUUUAUGGACAUUUAUUAGUUCCGCAAAUUAAUACUUUUGUAAUUUCUUUUUUUUUUUUUGAGACAGAGUCUCGCUCUGUCACCCAGGCUGGAGUGCAGUGGCGCAAUCUCGGCUCACUGCAAGCUCCGCCUCCCGGGUUCACGCCAUUCUCCUGCCUCAGCCUCUCCGAGUAGCUGGGACUACAGGCGCCCGCCACAACGCCCGGCUAAUUUUUUGUAUUUUUAGUAGAGACGGAGUUUCACCGUGGUCUCGAUCUCCUGACCUUGUGAUCCGCCCGCCUCGGCCUCCCAAAGUGCUGGGAUUACAAGCAUGAGCCACCGCGCCUGGCCUACUUUUGUAAUUUCUUAUGCCUGUGUUUACUGCAAUCUCUAAACAUAAAUUGUGAAGAUUUCAUGGACACUUACCACUUCCCCAAUCAAUACCCUUGUGAUUUCCUAUGCCUGUCUUUACUUUCAUCUCUUAAUCCUGUCAGUUGAGGAGGAUGUAUAUCGUUCCAGGACCCUGUAAUAAUUGCGUUAACUACAAAAAUUGUACAGCAUGUGUGUUUGAGCAAUAUGAAAUGUGGGCACCCUGAAAAAAGAACAGGAUAACAGCAAUUGUUCAGGGAAUAAGAGAGAUAACCUUAAACUCUGACCGCCGGUGAGCCGGGCAGAACAGAGCCAUAUUUCUCUUCUUUCAAAAGCAAAUGGGAGAAACAUCGCUGAAUUCCUUUUCUCAGCAUGGAAUGUCCCUGAGAAAGAGAAUGCGCACCCAGGGGUAGGUCUCUGAACUGGCCCCCCCGGGGCAUACCUGUCUCUUAUGGUCGAGAUUGCAGAGGUGAAAUAAACUCCAGUCUCCCAUAGCGCUCCCAGGCUUAUUAGGAAGAGGAAAUUCCCACCUAAUAAAUUUUGGUUAGACCGGUUGAUCUCAAAACGCUGUCUCCUGAUAAGAUGUUAUCAGUGACAGUGGUCCCCAAAACUUCAUUAGCAAUUUUAAUUUCCGCUUGGUCCUGUGGUCCUGUGAUCUCGCCCUGCCUCCAUUUGCCUUGUGAUAUUCUAUUACCCUGUUAAGUACUUGAUGUCUGUCACCCACACCUAUUCAUAUACUCCCUCCCCGUUUGAAACUCCCUAAUAAAAACUUGAUGGUUUUUGUGGCUUGUGGGGCAUCACGGAUCCUACCAAUGUGUGAUGUCUCCCCCGGACGCCCAGCUUUAAAAUUUCUCUCUUUUGUACUCUGUCCUUUUAUUUCUCAAGCCAGCUGACACUUAGGAAAAUAGAAAAGAACCUAGGUGAUUGUCGGGGCAGGUUCCCUGAUAAUCCAGUAAUCUAUAAAACAUCAAACUGACAGAUUUAUACCUUAAAUGUUAAACAUUUCCAACUUCUAGGUCAUAGAAGGCAUCUCUUACUAUUCUCCUCCUUGUUCUCUGUACUCCAACCACCUUGGCCUCCUUGUUUUUCCUCCAAAGGACUAGAUAUGCUCCUGCCUCCAGGGCCUUGGCACUGCUUUCCCUUUGUCUGGAGCAGUUUCCCACUUGACCCACAUAUCCAACCUUCUCACCUCCUUCAAGCCUUUGCUCAAAUGUAGUUCCUCAUAGAGGCCUACCUUGAUCACGCAAUUUAAAAGUUCAGCCAGUUGCCUCCACACCCAGCACUUCAGAUCUCCCUUAAACUGCUCUACUUAUAUUUAUAUAUCUUAUACACAUAUAUUUUUUAGCUAUGUAGCACUUAUUACCCUUUGACAUAUAUAAUUUACCUAUAUAUGCUGCUUAUUGUAUGUUGUCAGUCUACCUAUACUAGAAUAUAAGCUCCACGAGAGAAGAAAUGCUUUAUUAUUCUAUUCACUGAUAUGUUCUAAGAGAUUAAAACAUUGGCUGGCACACUGAAUGUGGUCAGUAAAUACUUGAACGGAAAAAUGAAAGAAGAGAACAUGUCCUUACCCAACAAGACCAGAUUCCUGAGACUUUCCAGCAUCACUUCUUUGUAUAGGUUCCUCUGCUCAAGGCUCAGUCUCUUCCACUCUCCUCGAAAGUCACUGGUCCCUAAAUCAACCAAUAAAUUCAUACUAAUCAAGUCACCAUUAAGAUCCACAGGGAGGGCCUUCCUUCCUUCCUUCUUUUCUCUUUCCUUCUCUUUCUUUCUUUCUUUCUUUCUUUCUUUCUUUCUUUCUUUCUUUCUUUCUUUCUCUUUGUUUCUUUCCUUCUUUCCUUCUUUUCUCUUUUCUUUUCUUUCUUUUUCUUUUCUUCCGUCUGUGGCCCAGGCUGCAGUAUAGUCGGCUCGCUGCAGACUCCCUGCCUCCGGCUCCCGUGAUUCUCCUGCCCCGGCCUGCGGGCUGCCUGGGAUUGCCGGCGCGCGCCACCACCCCUGCCUGGUUUUUCUCCUUUGGCUAGAGGCGCGGUUUCGCCAUGUUGGCCACGCUGGUCUCCAGCUCCUGACCUCGAGUGGUCUGCCUGCCUCGGCCUCCCAAGGUGCUGGGACUGCAGACAGAGUCUCGCUCACUCGGUGCUCGCUGUUGCCCAGGCUGGAGUGCGGUGGCGUGGUCUUGGCUCGCUGCAGCCUCCGCCUCCCAGCCACCUGCCUUGGCCUCCCAGGGUGCUGGGAUUGCAGCCUCUGCCCGGCCGCCGCCCCGUCUGGGAGGUGGGGAGCGUCUCUGCCUAGCCGCCCAUCGUCUGGGAUGUGAGGAGCGCGUCUGCCCGGCAGCCCGUGAUCUGGGCUGUGAGGAGCGCCUCUGCCCGGCCGCCCCGUCUGGGAAGUGAGGAGCGCCUCUGCCCGGCCGCCCCGUCUGGGAAGUGAGGAGCGCCUCUGCCCGGCCACCCAUCGUCUGGGAUGUGAGGAGCGCCUCUGCCCGGCCGCCCAUCGUCUGGGAUGUGAGGAGUGCCUCUGCCCGGCUGCCCCGUCCAGGAAGUGAGGAGCCCCUCUGCCCGGCCGCCACCCCGUCUAGGAAGUGGGGGGCGUCUCUGCCCAGCCGCCCCGUCUGGGAGGUGAGGAGUGCCUCUGCCCGGCCUCCCCGUCUGGGAUGUGGGGAGCACCUCUGCCCGGCCACCCCGUCUGGGAGGUCUACCACGGAGGCCAGAAGCAAUGUGGGGGCUGGACGUGGUGGCUCACGCCUGUAGUCCCGGUACUCUGGGAGGCCGAGGUGGGUUGAUCACUUGAGGCUAGGGGUUCGAGACCAGCCUGGCCAACAUGGCGAAACAUAUGAAAAAUACAACAGACAAACGAACCAACCAACCCAGCGACAACAAAACGGGUCUACCCUGGAGUCAUACUCUAAUUUUUUCUAUUUUCCUCCCUUUCUGAUCCUUUAUCCCACUUUAUUUUUCUUCCUCUUCCUUCUCCUUUGUCAAAUAGAGGAUGCAGUUAUUAUCAUUGAUCCCUACAAAGUCCCUCUCUCAUUUAUUUUCUUUAAUUCCCACCCCCCAUUUCUAUUCCCGGUCUUCCCAUGUGCAACCUUCCUAAUAUGUUUGAUAUGCAUAUUUUUGUUUGUAUGUAUUUUUAGAAAAUGUUUAUUGUUUUGUGUGCAAAAAAAAUAAAAUUAAUAAAAAAGA